AUGGUGGACAACUUCGAUCAGCGGCACAGGACCAUAGAUCAAUCGCUUCAGGAUGUGGAUUUGACCCUGCACCUCAAGGGCUUCGGGGACAAGUCCUAUGAGGAUGCUCCAACGGAAGAGCCACCCCCGUACUACGACCUUCACCGCAACGGAUUUGAUGCAGACCACAACGAAGAAGAUGAAGACUUCGCGCCAUUCCAGGUCUUCGACAUUGUAAGGCUUGCGGAAAGUUGUUUGGAGUGGAGGAAGAAGGGCGCUUCGGAGCAAGUAUCUUCGAAAAUCCACCACGAUAGCUACGACUACGACCACAACGACCACUACGACCACAACGACUACGACAACCACUACGACCAAACCAGCAAGUGA